AUAAGGUAUUGCAGAGAGAAGAAUUAAACCAUCAGAAAAUUGUACGAUCCAUUGAGAAAAAUUAUAUAAUAUCAAGUCAUGAUGUCAAGGAUCAGUUGCAUUCUUCUGGUUCUUGUUGUUAUUUCUGUUGGGCAUGCUUCAGCUGCAAGAAAUGUUCCCAAAGAAAGCACUAAAACUGCAGUAGGGCUCGAUGACCAAAAGAAUUUCGUGGCGUACGGCGGAGUAGGUGGCUUUGCUGGUGUUGGUGCCGGUGGUGGUGCUGGCGGUGGUGUUGGAGCUGGUGGCGGAGUACUGCCUGUUGGUGGCAUUGGUGGGCUUGGUGGAGACAGUGGUCUUGGUGGACUUGGUGGAGGUAUUGGUGGACUUGGUGGUGGUGGUGGUAGUGGUCUUGGUGGCGGAAUUGGUGGACUUGGUGGUCUUGGUGGCGGUGGUGGCAGUGGUCUUGGUGGCGGAAUUGGCGGACUUGGUGGAGGUAUUGGAGGACUUGGUGGUGGUUCGGGAGACUGCGGUGAUGGUUCUCUCCUCCAUCCUUGAAAAUAUGCAAUGCAUGAAAAUGGGGUUUAUUUGAUGUUAGUUACUACUAAUAUUACUGCUUUUUAUUAUGUAUUAUUAAUUAUAUGUUAUUGCAAUUACAUAGUAUAUGUUGGUUGUUUCAGGUUUUGUUUCUCACUUUUGUGAGUCAUUAAUUGUUUUAUUAUUUUGUGUUGGAUUUUUGUUGGGAAUUUGUAAUGGUCUUCAUUUCAAUCUCAUCAAAUAUUUAUUUUA